CACGAUGGGCGUCCUCAAUAUGGCCAUCAUUCCGUCUUUCAUUCUUGUUUCAACCAUCAUCAUUGUCUGUGCCGGCGCAGACCUUCUUUUCACCCAGUAUAACUUGAACCAUGCUGCACCGCUGGGCGCUACUGUGUAGCUUGUUCCUUUCAGUCACCCUUCUACUUUUUGCCUGUUCAGUCGAGGCCCAGGCGCAGAGCGGCGCCCAGCUGCCAUUGGACGACGCUUAUCACAGGGAUAAUCAGGUACAAGGCGGGGAACAUGCAGGUACAGUUCAACGACCCUCGACACAAGCGAGGACUCCAUGCUUCAAGUUUCAAGGACUUUGUCUCAAAAGUUCGGCCUACAAACAAGACAAUACUCAUACUGUACCAACAUGGAACAUCCGGACACCUCUGGACGACCCCCAGCGUCCGAUUAGAGACCCCGACUCCUAUAACACGACCUGUGUGUUAAGAGUGUUCCCUAAUGUCUUCAAGCAGGGCAAAGCUGACUCGCUGCUGAAGUACUUCCCCUGAGAUUUGAACCUCUUCCGUUAGGUUCUGUGAAGCCGCUGGGAUGGCUUCGACAUCAGGUGGACUUGAUGGCCAAUGGUCUGCCUGGCCAUCUUCACGAAUUUUACCGCCUUGUCAAGGAGGCGCCCUGGCUUGGUGGUGACCAGGAAUAUUCAUGUAAC